CAAAAGUAGGACGUUUACCCAAUUUCAUUUCAUUUCACAUACUUGUAAUUUCUAAUGAUGCUUUUAUCUUACAGAUCAGAUGAUGGUCGCAAUGUUACAAAUGAAGUGAUGUCGAUGAAUGAUCCCAUGGCCCAGAAAUUCUCCGUUACAUCUCAUCCCAGUCUUCCUAUUCUUUUAUUUUCGGAUGGUUAUAACGUAACUUUGAUACAGCUACCAGGAGAACUGACGUCAGCAACUUUCAUGACAGACUUAUUACUAGAAUCCACCAAGCAUUUAGAGUAUCUGAAAACGCAAGGAAAUUUGGACAUGACUCUCGUCAACGCCUACAAUCUCUCAGAUCGCAAAAACGGAUCUAGGAAAGUAGGAAAAAGUGGAACGAAAACGUCGACGGCGGACAGGUUAAAACAUUUUCUCUCCAACCUGGAUGAUGCAGAUGUAAGUUUGAAUGAAACUCAAACCAGUGAAUUGAGCGUUCUGCUGGAUGAUGAAUAUCAAUAUGGAGGCAUGCAGGAAAUGACGUCUGGUAAGAUUAUGUUCGGAGAGAAUGAGCAGCACCUAGCAACCAUGGAUGGAUCGUUUGCCAACAUGGGAGAAAAGCAAGCUUUAUUUAAACACUUCCAACGGGCCAAACUCAAUCUUUUUACCGUUUGGAAAUUGGCUGCUACUUGUACAGAAAACUGGACAUCACGUCUCGAUUCUAUCACGAAAGACACCGUAAAAAAUAUUUAUAAAAUGUUUACUCUCAUGAUAAAUAGCGUUCCUGUUACGGACAUGUUGGCAGCUCAAAAUACUUCUGCUCAAAAUAGUGCGUUGGUGAAUGUUAUCACCAUGUAUAGACAGUUACUGGAUGUUCUUCAGUUUGAUAGUCUUGAACAACAUCUGAUUCCGUCGACCUUACAGUUGGCUCAUAAAACAAUCACACUCGUACUGAACAAUAAAACCAUCAACCAAUCAGAUCCAAGGUUAAAAACAUUGUCCGGAUGUUACAUGCUUCUGAAGUUUACGGAGAAGGUGAUGAAUCGAAAUUAUAUAUGGUUGCCAAGGUCUUUAGUGGAGAAAGGAUUAUCGCCGAGGUCGAUGUUAGAACGACCAGAUCAGUGUGUCCCCGUUUCUAAAACGAGUAAUAAACCACAUGUUGGUGCUGAACCAGACGUGAAGUCUAUGGCUGUUAUUCCUUCUGAUCAGCUGUCGGCCAGACGGCUAACUGGAACGUGGAAGGUAUUAUAUCAGGCGUUGUUAGAGUUCAGACGUGAUCAGUCUAUAAGUGAGGCUGACGUACAACAAUCACAGCUAUUGGUUGACGCGAUACAUCAAACAUUACAAACAGUAGACACUGAUAUACCAGGACAAACUCACAAUGUUAACCCUGGUGAUGCAUAUAGUUUAGAUGGUCAGUAUACUCACGCUUUAGAUGUCUGGUUACAGCAAUAUAGAUUAUUACAAGGUGAAAGAGGCUACAGUAAAUCAGCUAAAUUACUACAUUCCCUACUUUAUACAUUUAUAUUACGUGGUGAAUUAUUAACAGCUGUAGAUUUUAUAGAUGAACUGGUUGUUAAAGCAAACACCAAAUCUGGGGUCAUGGGUCAAACUCUAAAGGGUGACGUAAGACCUGCGUUAAUGACUAUAGUCACUACUACAAUGAGAACUCAGGGCUCUAGUAUACAUGAUAUUGUACCAUGUAUACGUGAUAAAGGAAUAAGACAAGUUGUUCAAACUAUGGCUAGAUUUAUGGCAGCAUAUUUUACCAACCAAUCCAUGUAUAUCUUUCCUCCACAUAAUCCACAACCUUUACCAGCCAUACAUUUUAAUACACCUCUUGUCAAUAAUCGCAUUAUUCCUCAAUAUCCGGAAGAGAUAACCCAGAUUAUACGAUAUCAGAAGCUAGGUGAUGUGUGGACGGUAGAAAGAACGUUAGAAUAUCUGUUAUUAAGUGGCUUGGUUUGUGAAGCGACGUGGUUUGCCGUUAAAAUGGGUGAUUGGAAAGCAGGUUAUUUAUUAUCUGUAGCCUGUGAACAACAUAAACAAACGUCGUCUACAUUAUAUACAAAACCAAGAAAACCUUUGACUUUACCGGAUCAUCUGAGGCCCUUUGCUAUUUUACAAGACAGAUUAAAUAUAUUGUUUGGUGGUUCCCUGGAUCAAGAUCCGGUGGUGAUUACGAACGAUACUGACAUCGACCAUUUAACACAGACGAUAAAGGAAUUAUUAACUGCUGGUAUUAUGUGUAAAGUUGAAGUGGUACCAUGGUUACUAGAUGGUCUGAUACACAAACUAAAGAAGGUCGUCAAGAAUCUGUAUCCAUUAGUUCCGUCUGAUUUUUAUCUUCCCUCACCUCCGCUGUACUGUCCACAACCUACACGUAUAAAACAGCAGCAGACGUCUCCUCCUAGUCUGGAGAAAGAAGAGAAAAUACGAGAACAGAUCUCAUCUUUAAUACAGUUAAUUCUCUCCGUAUUGAGUGGCAGCCAUCUUUCUUUACCUUGUAUCACAUGGUAUACAAAACAGCUAAUCAGCAUACAGGAGAAAGCAAAACAAUUUCGCGCGAAUACAGAAGGUCCAUGUGCAGAAGUUCCGUCCAUUUUACAACAGUAUCAAUCACUAACAUCCCAUCUGUCACAGUUUAAUAGAAAUUAUUCUACGCAACACGUUCUCACUUGUUUCAGAGAUUUCUGUUCGUUAUUGUGGUUGUUACAUGCUAGAGAUAAACUCUCGCUAAAAUUGCGAGAAAAAGAGAAAUUUCUCAACAGGAUACAUUCAACUCAGUCCAAGGCUGAUUUAGAAGACAAAGAUCAACAAGCAUGGCUACAAGAAUGUUUUACGACUCUUCAAUGGGCAGUACAUCUACUUUCAUUUUGUCAUUAUUUACCAGAUGAAAGCAGCAUGUAUAAAGUAGUCCUAUCAUUAUUGAUGGAGUUACCUCCCUCUGAAGAUACCGCAGACAUCCUCGCUGAACACUAUUACGACUUUGAAAAUUUGGAUCCAGAAAUUCAGGAAAAACUAGAGAAGAUCUUGUAUAGUUGGGAAGGGGUAAUCGUCACUCCGGAGGAUGAUGGAAAAUCUGCGAAUAAGGAACUCAAUGACGAUAGUGGAACAGAUGUGCGUAAAUCGGUCACGUUUUACGGUGCAUCUCCGCGAGGAAAAUCACUUGCAACUUAUUUUAGUAAACAAUGUCAGGCAGUUACAAAAGUUUUGAAGAAGAAAGGAAAGACAUUUGGAAGUUUUGAAGAGUUUGUUUUCAAUAACGGAGGUGAAAAAACAAAAUGUUACGUUGACCUUCACAUUGGAUCGAGACAGUUCGAGACAAAGCAGUCAUAUUUUGAAUUCCUGGACACAUUUGCUGCUGUGAGUUUUGAAAAGCUAUUGGAUUUAGAAAGAAGCGUAAAUCGUCCGCGAGAUCUGCCUCUUCUUGGGUCCUUUGCCGAUGCAAUCAUCAGUAGGGAAUUGGCCGUUUUUUCAGAAAGAGAUUUUACUAGUGCUGAGAAGAAGAAAUAUUCUCUCAUUGUAAUGUCCGCCUCCAGAAGUUCCAGUAGAUCAUCCUUGGCUUUUGCUCGAAGUCAAAGUAUAUUGACCCAGAAAUACAACUCUAACCUCUCUCUCAAUCAGGAACCGACGCCCGGAUCCAAAUCUCAAGGGCUAUUCCGCAGUAAAAGCGUUGUGGAAGAGACAAAUAAGCAGGGUGUCGUGAAGAGAUUCAACAGUGAAGGCGGAUUGGACGUCCUCGUGGAAGAUUCUCCGUCUAAAAGUUUCUUUGACCAUUCGCAAAAAUCGCCAAGAAAGGGGAGUCAGCAGAAUGUCACGAAUUUGGCUUCCAAAUUUUCUCAAUCCGAAGACCAUCUUUAUAAACCCGAUGUUGAUGAGAACAACUCCUGGAGCCUCGAUGUGAAGUUCGGAAGGAAAUACAAACUUCUUCAGUUACUAUUGGAAUGGUUGGAAGCUUGGUGCAGGAAGAGUCAUUCAUUUGGUCUCGGGCAACAGGAUAUCUUUGACAGUCACCCCACAAUAAAAAUUCAAAUUCCUGCUCAGUUGAUUCUGUUGUCACUGUGGUUACUGGAAAAUAAAUACAACCCAAAUACGUACGCGAUCCAGGAUGCUGGACAAGGUUUUAUAUCCGAACCCCAAGAGAGAAAAAAGAAGAUCAAAAAGAAAGUACGACAAGCAUCCAUUGAAAAACAACACGCUUCACCCGUGCGUUCGCCAGUUAGAUCCCAGCUGGAACAAUCGCUACGCAACAGUAGAUCACAACCACCAGAUCAAUUUGUUGGUAAAAGUUACGAAGAAGCCAAUAAGACAACAACAUCAGAAGAUGGAAUUAGAAAUGCCUACCAACAUAUUCUAGAAGGAGAUGCCGAUGAUGAAAGUUGUGAUAGCGAGAGUACCCUACAAUCUUACGAUUUAAACGGAGAAUUAAAACAGUCGUUGUCAGUCAUCAGAGGAACUGGAAGUCCAACCAGAGAAGAUCUGUCAUUUUUGAAUCGGACCGUUUACCCUGACAGUUCUCCUGAACGAAACAAUUCUGCUUCUCCGAACACCAGUACGCCUGUGAGCAAAAAGAAAGGCAAGAGUAGACCAAACGAAAUAAUAGAGAGUUCUGUCCAAUCGUCUUUACAACGCAAAACUACGACAAGUACAAGAAACGAAUCAAUUACAAGUCAACGUGAAUUCCGGGAUAAGAAGUCUUCAAAGAAUGGUGAUAGAGCAUCUUCUCCCAACCAAUCAAAAAACAGUUCACUAGAAAGAUCGUCCAUCUUAAAAGCCUCAUUGACAUCUUCUUUAGAAAGAUCUACCAGUCCUACAAGUACUAAGAUACAUACUGAAAUGAAUGCUAGAUCAACCAGUCCACAAAUGUCUGUUAAAGCUACCAGAUCUCGUAGUCGUAGUCCCGAUACAAAAGGUCAACAGGGUCAUGUGAGCAGAAGACAGUCUUAUAAUGAUUCUGGUUUUAAUUCAAGUUUAGCCAAUCAACUACAGAAUAUUGUUCGAUCAGAAAUGAGAAGAAUAAUGGAGGUUCAGCAUCAUAGUUUGAUGGCCAUGAUGGGAGCUAUAGAUGACACUAGUGUAUCAAGUUUACCAACGCAGCAUCGGGUACUGAGAGAACCACCUCAACGACAACAACAGAGCACACGUCACAGAUCUCCGGAGCGUCGACACGACUCGUUAUAUAACCCAACCGAUAAUAGCAUGAACCUAGAUGAAUUAGAAACUUCACUACAUCGCAGUUCGAACAAGUUGGAUAAAAAAGGACCCGUUAAAGUUGACCGAGUUUUACAAGAAUUGAAAUAUCUCCAGCAUGAGAACAUACAACCUGUUGCAUCUGGCAGCUUGAAAACUAAACCAGCUCAUGGUAAAGAAAAUAAGGGAUUUCCAUUGCUAGGAUUGGAUAAUAGUCGUCAUGUUGGUUAUGUCAACGCUGCGUUAAAAACUGAUGCAAACAACGUGAACCUCAUUCCUAAAUUUCUAAGGAUGACCGCAGAAAGAGACACAAAUCAGCCCAACUUUUUCUUCCCAAAGAUUCCGCAAGAAGCAUGGUCUGAGCAUCAACCACAUCAUAAACAGCCCAGAGAACCAAUACAGUUGCUAAAAUUACAGAGUUAUCCUCAAUUUCAAUUUAAAAACUUGGCCAAUAAAAUUCCAAUAUUACCACCAGCACCAGCAUCUGGUGGACAACCACCACAGAGAUCCAUGGCUCCCUCAAAAGACCCAAAACACAGGUUUGGAAUUCCCUUAUUGCAAUUACAAGAAACGAAGCCUCCCUAUAUUGAACUUGGGAAGGAGUCUCAUUUGGGGCAGUUUGUCAACCCUGAACAACUUUUGUCGCCCGAGCAACUUCUACAAAAAGUGGAAUCUGAGAAGGAAAAGAUUCAGAAGAUGAAAGAGCAGACGGAAGAAAAAAUACAAACCAAGAAAAUUAUCACAACUAAGAAAAGAAGUAAAGUCGUUAAAGUAAAACAAACAUCAGAAGAGGACAUUCUACAGGAAGAAGAUGAAGAAGAAGAAGAAGAAAGUGAAACAGAAGAACAAGAACCAUUACAUGAUGGUUACGCUAUUAAACCAGGAGCGUUUGAUCAUCAUCUUAGAUUAGAUGAGAUACUAGGAUCUGAGGCAGACACAGAUACCAGAUUUCAAUAUUUACUUGCUUUAAAGAUGAAAGAACAAAGACAAAAGAAGAAAAAGGUUGAUUUCUCAACCAUGACUAAAGAAAUGAUUGAUGCUAUCGCUGAACCAGAUCCGAUUCUGGAAGCUGAAUCGGCACGAAGAGCAGACGCCUGGACAUCCAUAACUAAAGAUACAGGAAGUGACCCGAUACAGGAAGCCGUUAUAGAAUACAAUAAACGACAACAUGGCCGUGUUUUACCACCUGAUAUUUAUCUUAAACUUGGUUUUAAAGAUGGUGAAGAAGGAGAGAAUCAAGAACGUGGAAGAUCAUAUUUAAAUGUGGUUGAUAUUCGAGCAUCUGAUGUUUUUAAUGAUAUUCCUGAUAGAGACGAUAAACAGGACGAACGAUUUCAACCAUCCUCAACUAGACAUCAACAUAUCGGUGAAACAGAAGAACUGUUACGAGAAAGUCUUGAACCAGUUUUACCUCCACGUCACUAUGGUUACGAUCCAGUCACAGCUAAAAUGUUAGAUCGUAAAAACAGAUACACCAAUCAGGAUAGUUUGUAUCUGGGUGUAUUACCAAGAGAAAGUAUGAGAUAUUCUAAAACAUCGUUGAUUAAAAGAUUACGUGAAUUAAACGAUCAGGUGGCUGCCAUUGAUGAAAUGUCGAAUAAUAUUGAACAAGAUUUUGAGAGUUCUAGAAGGGUAAUGACUUCAAGUAUGGAAGAUAAACAAAAACCAACAAUUUCACAGAAAUCACCAGUGGCCAGUGCUAGAAAAUCAGCGAGAACUACGACACGCAGAUCUACAGAAAACAAACAAACUGAAGAUGUUAGAUUAUCAGGUCUAUCUGAUCUGAGUGAUAUUAUUGGUGAAGUAUUAUUAGAGGGUGGAGUCGAUCUUGAAGCAACUGGUUUGUCUCAUGAAGAAGCAGAAGCUCUCAAAUUCAAAGCUGAGUCCAGGAGAGUUAUCUACGGUUCAACUGGUGUCGAAACUUUAGAAGAACUGAUACAUAAAACAGACGCAACCGAAGAUAAAGAAGAGAAGAGACGUGUUUUACAGAAAUGGAUGGCCGAUCGUCACGUCAAGCAGCAGGAUGAAUAUCGUGAGAGAUUAGAUAAACUAAGAGAACAUGAAAUACAUCCGUAUCGAACGGCUGGUGGUUUUGAUUCAACCUUCACAGGUAAAGAAAUAGAAACUCAUACACGCGAACGACAGGAAACAAGACGCCAACAAGAGGCACAUUUCAUGAGGCAGCGUCUGCUUGAAGCAGAAAUAUUAAUGGGAGAUAUUUUAGUAGAACAACCAGCGCCAUCUUUGCUACCAGUUCCAUCACCAAGGCAACCACCGACUCCAAAAUCAGAAAGAGCCAAGCCGCCCAAGUUGGCUUCCAAAUUCAGUGCCACUAGAACAAUAAAGAAAUCACCACCGCCAAAGAAAACGCCGCUGCGCAGUGUGCGAAAAGCAGCAGAGUUAAAGAUCAAAGCUAAAGAAUGGGAAAAUAUGAAACCAAGUGUAUCGUCCAUUCGUACAAAAUGGCGAGUGGACGGGCGAUUAUCUGGAACGUCGAUAACUCCACAACCUGCGAUUAAUUAUCAGAAACGGCAAGAGCAAUAUGAGAGACGAAUGAAAGAAGAAAAAUUGGCUGAAAUUGCGCAUAAAUACAAUAUGGAAGAUCUUGAGUUGGAGCUAAUGGAGAGUGAAGAGUAUCUCCCGUCUGCUCAUACCAGCAGCGAUUUAAUGGAAUACGUCCGACAGAUGGCAGAACACGAAUCUCCAGAAGAUCUCCACAGAGAGUUAUCUCCUCCUGAUGAACGUAGAGCGAGAAUCAGAGAGUUAUCUUCCGAUGAACGUAGAGCGAGAAUCGAAUACAAACCUAAACCCUUUACAAAGUUGGUUAAAUUACAGCGACCAGAAGUCACAAGAAAAGAUAUUCAGCCUGGACCUUCUGAAUCUUACGUAGAUCGACUGGCAUCACUUACACCACGUGAUACAUCACGUACAGAUAGAAGUGAUCGAUCCUCCACUGUAGAUAUUAAAGAAGCAAGACGAGGCUCUGCACCAGCAAUAAUUAAAACCUCUACUCAACCGGAAAUUAGUGGAAUCCGUCGAGUAAAAACUUACGCUGAGCGUUUACAGGAAAUGAAACCAAAACACAAAUAUUCAACACCAUUAGUUUCAAGGCAGUCAUUAGGUGGUACAUCAAGUCAUGCUAUAAGUUCUUACAGACCAUCUAAACCUGUUGGUCCAGCACAUAAACCUGUAACAUAUGUACAACAACUACAGAAGAUCAAUAGAGAGGCUUCUACAUCAAAAUUCAAGGGAAAGAGAAGUACUCCGAUACCAGUAAGAACUGUAAUGAGAUCACAUAAACCUAUUCAUAAACCAAAAACAUACGUUGAACAAUUAAAAACUAUUAAUUCAGAAGCACCAGAAACUAUUAAACGCAGAGCUCUCAUGCAAAAGACUAAGACUCUACAACCUGGUGUAAUUCGUGAACAAGGUCGAUCACGACCUUAUCGUGAUCCGUAUCAUGAUCUUGAUGGAGAUGAAUUACACUCGGUUUUAAGUUCCUGGUCUGUUGAUGAUGAUGUCAAGAAACUCUUGUAUGAUGAUGAGAAUUCUGUGGCUUAUACGGCUUACGCUGGAACUUCACAGGAAUACCAAAUAUCAGAAGGUGUGUCCGAUUAUUAUGAAGCUGUCAUGGCCGACCAGUAUGCAAAUUCUGUAGAUAUUGAUGAAAUCACACGUAUCGCGGAAGAGGCAUCAGUUGACAGUGGUAGCGUAUUAAGUGUCAUAGAUUGGGAUCGUGUUGAUGAAUUGAUAGCAGAUGUAGUUAACUAGAAAAUUACUUCCCCUUUUAAAGGAAUUGAUCCACUGAAAUAAUUAUAACUACUGUAAACUGUCAUUUAGAUCCAUUUAUUAACACAUAUUUCUCAAGAAAAAAAACUGAUUUAUUUGGCCGACAUUUGUGACACAAACAUUAAAAAAUUUCCAAAAAUCUCUUUAUUUUAUUUUUAAAAACAGGAACAAAUAUUAUUAUACUCUCAUUUGUUUUAAAGUUUUAACCCAGCAUUUCAAAGUGCUAUUUUACUAUUAAACCGAUUUUAUUGUAUAAACCGAAAGUAGUGAUUUAAAUAUUUUAUUGUAUAAACCGAAAGUAGUGAUUUAAAUAUUUUAUUGUAUAAAUUGAAAGUAGAGAUUUAAAUAUUUUAAUAUUAAACCGAAUGUAGAGAUUUAAAUAUUUUAUUGUAUAAAUUGAAAGUAGAAUAUUAUACUAUUAAAUUAAAAGUGAUGAUUUGAAUAUUUUAUUGUAUAAAUUGUUUAAUAUGUAAAGUAUAGUUAAACCAUAGAAAUGAAAUGAAAUGGGGUUUAACGUCCAACUGUUCUGAUCUUUCUGGGCUAAUGAAGACAGGCAUAUGCCAUGCAGUGUGCUAUCGUCUACUCUUAUUUCAACUGGCAAGGGUUCUUUUACGUGCACAGCAAUGUGUACACGGGACCUCGUUUUUUUGUCCCAUCUGAAUGACUAUACAUUGUCUCUUGCUAGGAAAUCGUGGAAACAGCUAGGGCACCAGUCACAGACUUGUUAGACACAAUGAUUUUAUUAGACAAAGAUUUGUGUUUUUAUUGAUAUUUAUAAUACAGGUCUGUUAUUUCCAGAUCUCUGACAAUAUGAUUAAAAUACAGAUCUAUAUUUCGUUUCGUUUUUUUAUACUUUUGAUGGCCUACACUACAUGAAGAUCUGACCGGUUGUAGUGGGACAUCGCAUCAGGGGUCGUACAAAUGGCUUUUGACCUAUGCUGUCAAACUUUUGAUUAAUCAAUCCACGUUAAAGUUUAUAGUUGGAUACCAACAGUUCUGUUCACUGCCCACCAAGAAUUUGGCGUAACAGACCAUUUCAUUGGCUAAUCCCUCACAUCAAUCAGAACACAGGUUACAAGUUAUGUAACAACUCUUCCAGAUCCUAGUGUAGAAAAGACAAUUAGAACAAAAUUUUGAACUAUAAAAACAAAACGAAAUAGGAUCUGUGUUUUAAUCAGAUUGAACCUGAGUGUAGUAUUAUUGUAUAAGUUGAAAUUAAAAUUGAGUUUUUAAUUGUGAAAUUAUUGAAGUAGUAAAAUAUCAUGUUUUGUGAUUUAAUUACUAUCAUGUCCAUAUUAUCUUAUUAUUAUCUAUUUUACUUCGUUUACUUCUGUGUCAAACCAUAUUUCUGAAGCAAUCGCCCAAGAGAUGAUUUUGAUUAGAUCUAAUAGAUUGAAACAUUGCGAUGAGAAUAUUCCCAAUCAAAGGGAUGUAUAUUAAAAUCGUUCCCCGUCCAUGUUUUGUUUCAGGACUAUAUCAAACAGAUAUCUUUAUGAAACAUUUUGUACACACAUCAACCUAUUAUAAUAGUUGUGCCUUUUACUAAUUUAUUAAUUUUGUGUUUCCAUGGAGAUGUGCUGGAUGUUGAUAUGUUGAUGCCGGAGUCUUCUUGUUCUUCUCAUUAUCCCUCGAUCUGUUUGGAUGAAUGUCUGAUCUACGCAGGGACGCGGGGAAAUAAAGCAGAUUCAGUGAUUUAUAAAAAUAGAAUUGUAUUAAAUAUUAUCAUCAGCCUCGACUGGAUUAUCUGGCUGGAUUAUCUGGCGUGAUCUUGUCCUUAAAAUCCCUGUGGUCCAAUGCAGUACCUGUACAAGUGUAUGAGUAAUACUAAUCUCCCCUUGUGAAGCUCAUUAAAUUAGCCUUUUCUCCGUCCUUAUAUAAUUUUAAUUUUUUUUAUUGUAAUGAAUGUAUGUUAUAUCAAACAUUAAUAUAUAAAAUCAUCGUUUUACAGAUCCUGUCUGUCAUAUUGGCCUGGGAGUAUUCUCCCUUUUUAGAUAAAUUUCAAUAAAAGUACUCUCCGUCCUAAAUUUACUAUGUAUAUUAAAUGUGGAUAUAUUUUGUAUUAUUUCUGUAUAUUUUGGAGCAUAAUAAAUUGUAUACAUAUGA